UAUAUUUUUUUACACUUUGUAUGCAUAGUAUGGGGUUAUAAUACCAAAAUUUUAAUAAUUUUUUUCAAUAAUGUUGUGCAUUCUCUUUUCAUUUUAGGUGCACUAUUCAUAUAAUCAUACAUAAUGGUUGGAACUGGAAGUGCAAGUGCAAGCUCUAGUUCAGUUGCAAAUGUCCGAAAUGAAAAUACCCCCUUUAAAAUUGAUCAAGAUUCACCACUUUGGCAUUAUACAACAAUGAUCAAGCCAGUGUCUGGUGGUGGGGGUUUUGUUUGGCAAUGCAACCAUUGUGGCACUGAGUAUACCAGCUCAUACUAUCGAGUGAAAGGCCACCUUUGUUUCAUCCCUAGGCGUGGAAUAAAAUUUUGUAAGGGAUCAGAUGGCAAGGGGCUGCCAAAAGCUCUAGUUUUGGGAUAUAUUAGAGAACAAGAGGAAGCUGAUAGGAGAAGUAGCAAAGCAAAGACUGAUCAUCCUCUUGUCCAUCAAAGCUCAAUGUCUAAGAGGCCUUCUAGUAGCAUGGGCUCCACAAGACCAGCUGGUUCACAUCCUUUCAUGCAAAACCCACCAGUUGAUGCAGUAGAGAAUCAGAAUGUUGUGGCUUCACGGAAAAGAGGCCCAUUGGAUUUUGCCUUCAAAAAAGAACUGAGAGAGAUUGCAGAUUCCAAAAUUGCACGUUGCCUUUAUGGCAAUGGGCUUCCUUUCAACCUUGUUAGAUCACCUUACUUUCGGGACAUGGUGCAUACUCUUUGCAAUACACCUUCUGAUUAUGUUUGUCCAUGGUAUGAAAAGGUGAGAACCACCUUAUUGGCAAAGGAGAAAGCAUCCAUAGAGUUACAGUUGAAGGUCAUCAAAGAUACAUGGCAGGAAACAGGUGUGACCAUUGUUUCUGAUGGAUGGAAAGAUUGUAAAAAUAGGCCAUUGAUCAAUGUUAUAGCAGUGUGUCCUAAAGGGGCAAUGUUUUUGAAAGCAGUGGAUUGUGAGGGGCAAGUGAAAGAUGCAAGUUUCAUUGCCAAUAUCUUGAUAGAAUGCAUUGACAUGGUGGGGCCUCAAAAUGUUGUCCAAGUUGUAACUGACAAUGCUAAAAAUUGUAGGGCAGCAGGGACUAUAGUGGAGGCUACAUAUGGUCACAUCUUUUGGACACCAUGCGCAGUACACUCACUCAAUUUAAUCAUGCAAAAGCUUGGCACACAAAUUGAUUGGGUGAAAAAACUAUAUGCGGAGGGCGAGGAGAUUCAAAUGUUUGUGACUAAUCAUCAUAUGUCACAAGCCAUUUUCAGGACCUUCUCCAAGUUGGAGUUGUUGAAGGUUGCUGAAACACGAUUUGCAUCUCACACGCUCGUCUUAAGACGACUUCUGAAGGUGCGAGACGCCUUGAGUUCUAUGGUCAUCAACAGCUUGUGGAGUGUAUGGAAGCAGUCCCACACAGAAAGAGCUCUAAAAGUAAGAGCAUUGAUCCUUAGUGAGAAAUGGUGGGAUGAUGUGGAAUAUGUUUUGAAUUUCACUGAGCCCAUCAUGAGCAUGAUCAGGUAUGCUGAUACUGAUCGCCCAUGUUUGGGCGAGAUUUAUGAUGGCAUGGAUUGCAUGGUGGAAAAAAUAAAAGAAGUAAUAAAUAGAAAAGAAAAUGACCCAACGGAAACAUUUUUCAAAGUUGUGCAGAAAAUUGUUGUUGACCGUUGGAACAAGAUGACCACCCCCUUACAUCUCUUAGCAUUUGCUUUGACGCCAAAAUUUUAUAGUGCAGAGAUGCUUGCAACACCAAGGAGGGUGCCACCAUAUAGAGAUGCAGAGGUUGCUUCUGGCUAUAGGGCUGCCUUUAAAAAGAUAUAUCAAGAUGAGGAGACAAGAAAUAUUGUCAUGAGGGAGUUUGGCCAAUUUGUAUCUACAAAAAAUCAUGAUGUUGUAGCUCUUAAUGCUAGAUAUGGGAUGGAUGCUGAUGAGUGGUGGUAUGUACAUGGUCAAGGCUCCAUUUACUUGCAGCCUCUUGCAAUUAAACUUAACUCCCAAGUAUGUAUCUUUUUAUUUUUUAUUUUUAUAGUUUUCCAAUUCCAUUUGAUGCUAUCAUUUUUUUAUUUUAUAAUUUUAAUUUGUAAAUUUCUAAUUAUGUUUUAAC